AUGGUCCUAGAGGAGGCAGAUAAAGCCAAGAUGGCAAUUGCUAUUACUUCUAUUCUAAGUAAUAAUUCUCAUAUUCCAAUUCUGAACUGUGAAAAUUUUUCAGAUUGGAAGGACAAAAUCCUCUUGACAUUUGGGUGCAUGGAUAUUGAUCUAGCACUCCAUGUUGACAAACUGGCAGUGCCUAUGGAAUCAAGUCCUGCUACAUAUCAAUUGGCCUAUGAACGGUGCGAGAAAUCCAACCGUCAGUGUCUAAUGUUCAUCAAGUCGCAUGUUAGUCAGAGCAUUAAGGUUAUUGAAGAGCAAUUUGUUAGUCCUGACAAGGCACUUACUAGCACCCUAAUAAACAAGCUGUUAGUGAUGAAACAUCACAAAUCUAAGAGUGUGCGUGAGCACAUCAAGGAAAUGAAGGACAUUGCAGCCCACCUCAAGUCCUUGGAGAUUAAGAUUACAGAAUCAUUUUUUGUCCAUUUCAUACUCAACUCUCUCUCUGCAGCAUAUGGACCAUUUAAGAUAUCAUACAACACACAUAAGGAAAAAUGGUCUAUUAAUGAGCUACUGACUAUCUGUGUACAAGAAGAGGAGAGGUUAAAACAUAAAAAUCUAGAGAGUGCCAAUUUUGUCACUCACAGAAAGGGACAAGGAAAGAAAGGUAAAGGUGCUAAUGGUAAACCUUUGAAGAAGAAGGAAAAAGGGUCAUUGAAACGAAAUGACCAUAGGGAUGCUUGCUUCUUCUAUAAGAAAAAGGGGCACCAAAAGAAAGAUUGCUUGAAAUACAAGUAA